AUGAUUACCGGCACCUGGACAAGCUUCGGUGAUGUUGACCGAUCACAGUUGGUUCGAAUUUUGAUUGCUGGCCUGACGGGGAUUGUGACCACAAGCAUCGUUUAUUCCAUCUGGCAAGCAAUCUAUAACGUUUACUUCCACCCUCUAAGUAGAUUCCCCGGCCCCAAAUCAUGGGCAGCUUCUCGCUUCCCCAGAGAAAAAGCCAUGGUAUCGGGAAGGAUCCAUUACGUUCUCAAAGAUCUCCACAACCAAUACGGCGAUGUCGUUCGAACCGGUCGCGAUGAAAUUUCAUUUACAUCCGCAGCAGCGUUCAAAGACAUUCAUACCAGAUACGGACCUUGGAAGACGGCAUUCCCAAAAGAUCCUGACCUUUACGUUGUACCAGCGAGCGGCCACCACAGCAUCCUCAGCGUGAAGAACGAUGCGGAUCACUCCCGCUAUCGACGACUGCUCUCUCAUGCGUUCUCAGAGAAAUCACUUCAAGAACAAGCCCCCCUAAUCAAAACCUACAUCGACCUCUUCAUUUCCCGUCUGCACUCCAACGCCAGCAAAGGGCCGCAGGACAUGGUCAAAUGGUUCAACUUCACGACCUUCGACAUCAUUGGGGAUCUCUCCCUCGGAGAAUCGUUCGAAUGUCUCGAGAAACAGGAGUACCAUCCUUGGAUCGAGUUUCUGUUCAAGGCAUUCAAAACGGUCUCGAUCCUCACGUCUUUCAAGCGGUUUCCGUGGUUCAACAAGGUGUUUAUGUGGAUGCUGCCGAGGAGCUUGAGGGAGGCGAGGACGAGAAAUAUGAUGUUUACCAGGGAGAAGGUGUUGAAACGGAUUAAAGAGGGGACGGGCCGGCCGGAUUUCAUGACGAAUGUGUUGAAGCAUAAUGAUAAAGAGACUGGCAUGAGCGUCAACGAAAUCGUCUCGACAUUCGGCCUUCUCAUCCUAGCAGGCAGCGAAACAACGGCGACACUUCUCUCAGCAGCGACUUAUCUCAUUCUCAAGCACCCAGAGGUUUUAGACAAGAUGGUGGCUGAAGUCCGAAGCACCUUCAAAACCGAAGACGAAAUCACCCAAGUCAGCGUCAACAAACUAACCUACCAAAUCGCCGUGCUGGAAGAAAGUCUGCGCGUCCACCCUCCCGCGCCCUUUGGAUUUCCGCGUAUAGUACCCGGCGAGAAAGGACAGUUUGUUGCGGGGCAGUGGGUGCCGAAGGGGACUGUAGUGUGGACGUCGACUUGGGUUAGUCACACGCAGGAGGCUAAUUUCAGGGAUGCGGAUAAAUUCAUUCCUGAACGCUUUUUGGGCGAUGCGAGGUUUAAGGGGGAUAAUCGAGGGGCGUUUCAGCCGUUUAGUUUGGGGCCGAGGAAUUGUAUUGGGACUAAUCUCGCAUACGCCGAAAUGCGUCUCAUCAUGGCUCGCUUACUCUGGAAUUUCGAUCUCGAGCUUGAUGAGAGGAGUCGAAGGUGGCAGGAUCAUAUGAAGAUAUUCAUUUUAUGGGAGAAACCUGCUUUGUAUGUUAAAUUGAAGCCUGUUGUACGGUGA